AUGGGCAGCGUCGCUGAGCCUAAGGGAACUUUCCUGUUCACCUCCGAGUCCGUCGGAGAGGGUCACCCCGAUAAGAUCGCUGAUCAGGUCUCCGAUGCCAUCCUCGAUGCUUGCCUUGCGGAGGACCCUCUCUCCAAGGUCGCUUGCGAGACCGCUACCAAGACCGGUAUGAUCAUGGUUUUCGGUGAAAUCACCACCAAGGCCAACCUGGACUACCAGAAGAUCAUCCGUGGUGCCAUCAAGGACAUCGGUUAUGAUGACUCUGAGAAGGGCUUCGACUACAAGACCUGCAACGUCUUGGUCGCCAUUGAGCAGCAGUCCCCUGAUAUCGCUCAGGGUCUCCACUACGAGGAGGCUCUUGAGAAGCUUGGUGCCGGUGACCAGGGUAUCAUGUUCGGUUAUGCUACUGAUGAGACCCCCGAGCUCCUCCCCCUCACCAUCCUGCUCUCUCACAAGCUCAACGCUGCCAUGAAGGAGGCCCGUCAGAACGGCUCCAUCCCCUGGCUCCGCCCCGACACCAAGACCCAGGUCACCAUUGAGUACGCCCAUGACGGUGGUGCUGUCAAGCCCCUCCGUGUGGACACUGUCGUCGUCUCUGCUCAGCACUCCGACGAUGUCACCACUGAGGAGCUCCGCCAGGUUAUCAAGGAGAAGAUCAUCAAGAAGGUCAUCCCCGCCAACCUCCUCGAUGACCGCACUGUCUACCACAUCCAGCCCUCUGGCCGCUUCGUCAUCGGUGGUCCCCAGGGUGAUGCUGGUUAG